CGAGCAACAACUCGUAAGCUCUUGAUUUAUCAUGAAGGAUUACGCUUCAAGAGAAGCCUAAUGGCGACUCUUGGGUAUAUAAUGCGAGCUCCAACACCCUCUCAAUUUUCCUCCAUCAUUCAAAGCCACAUCCUCAGACAUCUACAAGUCUUCUCAACACUUCAACAAUACAACCACAAAGUUUUAUAACUUUUCACCCAACAAACAACCAACACAAAAAUGCCUCUCUUCAGACCAGCAUACCUCUCCCCAGAAGCAGACUUCUUCCAACUGCUCUCUGCACUCGACCAACCUCAACAAAAGCAGUGCGCUGCCCGCCACCGCAGAGAAGAAACCUUCACGCCAAGAUUCGAUGUCACUGAAGUAGACAACGCAUACGAGCUCUACGGCGAACUCCCCGGUAUCGAGCAAAGCGAUGUCACUAUCGAAUUCUCCGAUGCUCAGACCCUCGUCAUCAAAGGCAAGACUGAGCGCCCAUUCAACAAGGUAGAGGCUACUCAAGCCGAAGCUACCAACGAUACCACCGAGAGUUCAUCUGAGAAGGCACACAGCGCAACCGUCGAAGAUGAGUACGACGAAGCCGACACACCUCUCGCUACUCCUGCCACCACAGCCACAGUCACCGCUGAGACAAAGCAAGAGCAACCAGCGGCCGAGACACAAUCACCAAAGCCUAAGUACUGGGUCGCAGAACGCAAAGUCGGUUCGUUCGCCAGAAGCUUCUCCUUCUCGCAGAGAAUCGAGCACGAAGCUGUUGAGGCCAGCUUGAAGAAUGGCAUUCUGAGAGUUGUGGUCCCGAAGUCUCAGAAGACAGGAAAGAUCGCUGUCAAUGUGUUGUAGAUCUGACUGGAGCCAACGAGUUGUAUGAUUAGGUGUUAUCUGCAUGGAUGCGAGUUUGGAGUUUAGAUAGAGAGUUUAAUACAAGUCUUUUAUCUUAAAUAUCUG